GGGUGGUGUGCGGAGGUGCUGCCUGUGGCGGAGGGAUCGCCUGAGCCCAGUAACUAUACAGUAUAUUCCUGCUAUACCGGGUACGCAGAUGGGCGGGCUGCCUCUCAAGUUCCUCAAGGAAGUAUCUGAGGACUCAGCUGAGAAGUUUGUAGGUCUGAGCGAGGCGGGAGACUCUAACAGCCAAGGUACAACGAGCAGCUGGAGUGGCAGAGCGGCCCGGCACGACCAUGGAGACUUUUAGUUCCAAGGACCUGGCUCUCCAGGCUCAGAAGAAGAUACUCAGUCGUAUGGCCUCCAAGUCUAUGGUCAACAUGUUCAUCGAUGAGACCAGCAGCGAGAUCCUAGAUGAGCUCUACAGAGUGUCCAAAGAGUACACAAAGAACAAGUCGGAAUCCCAAAAAGUCAUCAAGAAUCUCAUCAAGAUUGCGGUGAAGAUCGGUGUUCUCUUCCGUCACAACCGCUUCAGUCCAGAAGAGUUGGUCUUAGCCCAGGACUUCAAAAGUAAGCUGCACAACGGGGCCAUGACAGCCAUCAGCUUCUACGAGGUGGAGUUCACCUUUGAGAAAGAUGUUUUGCCUGAUAUUCUCAUGGAGUGUAAGAACCUGCUUCUCCGGCUUGUGGAGAAACAUCUCACCCCCAAGUCCCACGGGCGCAUUCAACACGUUUUCAAUCACUUUGCAGACCCUGAGAUGCUCUGCCAACUGUACGACCCAAAGGGAAGCCUUUGGCCUCACCUACAGAAAAUUUGUCAUGGACUCAACAAACUGAUUGACGAGGGAAAACUGUGAAGGAGGAGGGAUUAGGUCUGAACUCGUUCAUAAGGAAUGGAAAGGAGGUGAUCAUUCUGGUUUCUGUCCCUCCGCGGCAGCAACUUGGGUUUGGGUGGGACUUUCACCUCCCAUUGAUACUCAUCAAAACGUAUGAUCCAUAUGUUUUUGCCAAAGAGAAGUCCGAGGCUUGCUGCCUUAGAUCCAUGGUUGGUCUGCCAACCAUAAUGGGACACCAUUGAGUACUGGUUGUGCUUGCAAACUGAUGAAAAGGGAACCUUGCCAACAUCUUUUUCAGGCAACACCAAUGGGAACUUUGCACCAACUUGAAGACAAGUUGUCGCGCACCAGAAACUGAGUACUGUUAUGUUGAAGGACACCGCCCCACUUUGCCCUUCAAACCCCUUUAUGUAUAAUAAGACUGCUGGGCUUGAUUCCCAAUUUCGGUUACAGAACAAUGGUUUGACGAUGCUGUUAUUUUGUACAGCAAUCAUGUGAAAUGAGUGGUGGUUCCUCUUGCUCCUGGAGACCAAUACCUGUCCCACAGGAUGACUAUUAGACUGCUUGUUAGACUGUAACCCCUAUCUUCUCCUGAUUCUUGCUAUUCUUUCACUUACUGAGAUUUUCAUUUGUCAAGUGUAGCCGAACCACAGUCUUGAAGACCCCUCAGCUAAACAUAUAAAGGGUGGUUGAAGAGCCUCUUGUUGUAGGAACAGGUUAGCUGCCCCUGCUAUGGAAUGUGUUUAAUAUCAGGGGAUAACGUUUUACUGCAAAGUUUACAUCAGGUCUAGUUACCCAUAGCAACCAGUCAAGAUGGAAAUACCCAUAAUCAUCAGCACACAAAUCCCAACAGUUCCAGAAGCCCUCUCAGUUGACCAACCCAACAUUGUGGCUGAUCCUCUUGUUGUAGGAACAGGUUAGCUUCCCCUGCUAUGGAAUAUAUUUAAUAUCAGGGGGUAACGUAAUACUGCAAAGUUUACACCAGGUCCAGUUACCUGUAGCAACCAGUCAAGAUGGAAAUACCCAUAAUCAUCAGCACACAAGUCCUAACAGUUCCAGAAGCCCUCUCAGCUGACCAACCCAACAUUGUGGCUGAAGAUCCUCUUGUUGUAGGAACAGGUUAGCUUCCCCUGCUAUGGAAUAUGUUUAAUAUCAGGGGGUAAAGUUAUACUGCAAAGUUUACACCAGGUCCAGUUACCCAUAGCAACCAGUCAAGAUGGAAAUACCCAUAAUCAUCAGCACACAAGUCCUAAUUGUCCCUAUUGUGGCUGAAGAUCCUCUUGUUGCAGGAACAGGUUAGCUUCAGAGGGUAACCGUAUACUGCAAAGUUUACACCAGGCCUAGUAACCCAUAGCAACCAAUCAAGUGAGACAUAACUGAUUACGGUCCUGACAGUUCAAAGCCUUCAGCCCUAAAGUCUCCUUAGAUGACCAACCCAACAGUGUGGGUCGAAGAUCCUCUAGCUGUAGGAACACGUUAGCUUCCCCCCCCCCCCCCGCUAUGUAAUGGGAGUAACAUUAUCUUGCAAGGUUUACACCGGGUCCAGUAACCCGGAGCAACCAAUCAAGAUGAAACUAACCAUAGUUAUUAGCACACAGCUUGACAGUCCCGUUCCUUCAGCCGCCCCUAUGUUUCUCCAUCUCUGCAAUUCCGGUACUUCUCUUUUCCUCCAUUUUGUGGUUGACUUCCCCUUCUUAAUGCUUAUUCCUCUGUCUUGCCAGCUGCAACUGACUGUUGCGGACGUUGUGUUUACACUGUGAUGCGGAUAAAGCAAACGCGUGUCUUUAAAGUGCUUGGGCUGAAUUGUAUCUGUGUGUUAUUGGAUGGCCAUCUCCGACCCUGACUCACUGGCUAAUCCUCCUGAUGCCACGACUAAUACAGGAAUCCGGCCGCGUGUGUAUAAAAUAAACUGCUGUCCUGCUGUUGUUUUA